UGUAAUAAAGUAUCCGUGUUGUCGUGUCGCCGAAGACUAGAGCUUUGGGCACAAUUGUGUCGCAUUCAUGGAAAAAUAAAUUGUUAAUUUAUUCCUAGCCUCUUCAAUUGAAUGUUAUAAGGCGAAAACAAUUUUUCGAACAGGACAGAAAGGAAAGAAUGUGUGCAAGAAGUGUCAAUGAUGUCAAUUAAUCGAUCGUUUAAUUCUGUUUUAUUAUGAUAAUCAGUAAACCUAACCGACCCUAUCACUUCAAACCCAGCUGUUUAACCACAAAGUCCGGCCUUGGCAAUAGAAAGUCAGCCUCAGUUAUCUGCCCUUGCAGUUAUCAAUUUCUCUCGUCGAUUGCAGUUCGAACCCUCAACCAUCCGAGCUGAUUUGUUGUGAUGGAUGAAAAAUGGGUCUGUUACCGCUGUACUUACAAAAACUCUCCACUCAAUCUACGAUGUAUGAUGUGUGAAACUUUAAGAGAAACCAAUCCCAACACUGGAAAAUGGAAAUGUUUGGCUUGUUCUUUCUCUGGAAACUCACUAUGGUGUCAGUCAUGUGAUAAUUGCGGAAAUUUUCAAGAUGACCUGUUGGCAUCACGUAAAGACCUGGUACCAAAUAAAUUAAGUAAAGAAGAUUUUUGGCAAUGUAAUGUCUGUACCUAUCAUUCUAACAAUUCUAACAGAAGCACAUGCACAAUGUGUGGAACAAUAAAUGACCAUGUUGUAAAUUCUGGAAAAACAUGGACAUGCUCUGCAUGUACAUUAUUAAAUCCAAUUAGUGCCAAACAAUGUGAAGUAUGUGAUACACCAAUUUCAGAGGAGAGCUCUUUAAGCAAAUGGACAUGUCCUGUUUGUACUUGUGAUAAUUUUAAUACUCUUACAUGUAGAUUUUGCCAUUCUGAAAAAGUGUUGUCUAAUGUUGUGAAAAUGGAAUGCAAAUGGCAAUGUAGUGAGUGCAUGCAUUUGAACAGUAAUUCAAGGCCAGAAUGUUUGUUAUGUAAGUCUUUACAUAAUGACAAGAGCAAAUUAGAAGCUGGUUCUUCUAAUGUAUCAAGUUCUGACAAAGAGUUGAAGAGUUUGCAGACUACAUGUAUUAUGAAAUCCCAAGAAAAAGAAAUUCUGAAAAUUUGGAAAAACAUAUGUGUGUUUUGUGCUGAGCAAAAUAUUUGUUUUGUUGAUGAUUCCUUUCUACCAUGUCCGAAAUCCAUAUCCUGGUUACCCCAGUAUCCUCAUAUAGUUGAAUAUGUACAAUGGCUGCGACCAUCUUCAAUAUCUUCACGAAGUUGGACUGUCUAUGAAAAUCCAAGACCUGAUGAUAUUGUCCAAGGAAAAGUUGGUGACUGCUGGUUGAUGUCAGCUUUGGCAGUUAUUGCUGAACGCAGAGAAUUAAUUGAAAAUCUGAUUCCUAGUAAAUAUAGUAAAUAUGGUGUAUAUCAUGUUCGUCUCUAUCGUGAUGGUCAGUGGAAGAUGGUUAUAGUUGACGAUUUACUUCCUUGUGACAGAAAUGGGAAACUUGUCUUUUCUAAGGCUGAUCGAAAUCAGCUGUGGGUGCCAUUGAUUGAAAAAGCCAUGGCUAAAUUAUGUGGUUGUUAUGAAGCUUUGGCAGGUGGCACCUGCCAUGAAGCCUUACAGUCUCUCACUGGAGCUCCUUGUCUAAAGAUCGACUUAGAAUCUGAAGACGAAGAUGAAGCAUGGGCCUACUUGCUGAGUUCUUGGGAGUCCAGAUUUUUGAUUGCCUGUGCUUGUGGUGAUAAAGUAAAUUCAAAUGAUACAGAUUUGGACUACGAAAGUUUAGGACUAGCCAAAAAUCAUGCUUACUCAGUGUUGGAUGUUCAGGAGGUAGAAGGAAACAGACUUCUCCAAAUUCGCAACCCUUGGAAAUGCUUCAGCUGGAAUGGCAAAUGGUCCAAUGAUUCUCCACUUUGGGACACUAUUAAUCCAGCAACUAAAUGUAAUCUACUUACAAGGUGUGGUGAUGGAAAGUUCUGGAUGUGUUUCAAAGAUGUCCGAAGAAACUUCAAUAAUAUGGAAGUGUGCAAAGUCUGUCCAGAUUGGCAUGAAAUGGGAAUCCAAGGGAGAUUUUUAUCUCAUGCAAACAUGCCAUUAAAAGUGCACAUUUUGACUGUUCAUAAAACUGCUGAAUUUGAUUUUUCCAUCUACCAAAAUGACAGGAGAAGCUGUUUUAAAGAUGGAAAACCUUGGUUACCUGUUGAUAUUUUGCUGCUUGUAUUUAAAUACAACCAAAAUGGUAAAUGUAUUUUGGGUGACUUAGUAGUGUGGCGGCGAAAGAUACAAUCUCAAAUGAACUUGACUAAUGUAUUAGAAGUUGGAAGGUAUGCUGUUAUCUGCUUGGGUUUUAAUCAUUGGGAAGUAGGUAAUUCUACAAAUCCAAAUCUGAAUUCUGAUCCUAUUCCAUACAGACUUGUACUCCACUGCAUUAAAGCCUUUAUUCUGAGAGAGAUGAAGUUGACAUCAAGUUACGAUGAUUACUUUCUUCUGGCUGACACCAUCAUAAAACUUGUGCUUACUUUAGGCAAAAAGCAAACGAUUGCCAAAGAUGUUCAGAUAUAUUGUUUCUCAAAAGUAGGGACAAUAAUUAUGGCUGAAAACAAUUCCAGUUAUACUCCAGUAACAGUAUAUAUUAAUGGAAAUGAUAAGUCCAGAAACAUUGUAUCGAGCAGAGGGUCAUUUACUUCAGCAGAUACUGUACCUCCAUUGCAUCGACAAGUUAUAAUGAUUUUCACACAGAGAGAAAACGCCUACUACCGUAUAAGUUACAAUACUAAAGUUGAUUUUAAGGCUAACUGUGUUAAUUAUCCUCCAUUGGACCUACAAGUUAAAGCUCUGCACUCGCCACGCCCCAUAUAAAAAUAAAAAAAUAAUGGCGGCAACAAGACUUCAGCUGUUGACAUUUCACAGCAUCUGACAAUCUGCAAAUUAGGAAUUUAAUUCAGAGCAGUGCUUAAGCUGGAACUUUUCCACCAGGUUGCUGUGGUUAUAUUUCAUUGUAUGCAUUGUUAAUAUAUCCACCUUGAAAACAAAACUGUAAUUUACAAAGGAGUGUUUUAAUAUGCAGCCUAUAUGAUGAAACAUUUCCUAUUGAGUGCAGUAAGAUGUUCCUCAUAUGAAAUAUAUUCAAUAAUCUGAAAAAAGAAAGACACAAUGGUUUUCUCUUGUGCUACAUACAAAAGGAUAUGCAUGUGAAUGAAUGAUUGUUAUAUUGGGAUAUGGGUAUGUGAUUUUAGAGAAAUAUUCUGACCUAUGUGUUUUUUUUUGUUGUUGAAGAAUUAACUUUUAACUUGAAGACACUUUUGUCAAUUUUUUUGAGGAAAAGGUCAGGAUCAGUGAUAAUAGAAAAAUAUUUUUUUAUCUUUUUUUUAUGAAUGUCUUUUACAUUGAUCCUACUGUAGUAGCUAAAUUAGUUUUGAAAUACUGGCAGGAUAUUUAAAAAUAUAACCAUAAGAAAACAAAGAGGUUUAAUUCAAUAUUGGGUCCUAAAUAUUUCUUCAGAACUAUGAAGGAUUCUGUAUUUGAGCCCCUCACCCCCUACCCCAAGAAAAAAUUUAUUUUCAUUAAUAGAUAAUAAUAUUCUCAAACAGUUCAGGGAUUUUUUGUGAAAGAUGUGCAAGAUAUUAGGCUAAAUUAUUAAAGUGAAGUCUUGAAUAGAUGUUUGGAUCAACUUUUAAGUAAUUAUUGUGAUGAGACUAAUAAUGCCUGGUUACAGUGUAAAUAAAGCCUAUUGCAAGUAUAUUUAUUAAGGUCUGUGAUAAUAAUAAACUAGUUUGUAAAUGUUACCAAAAUUCUUAACUGAUAUGUUAGUUGUGAUAUUAAGAUAUUAACCCAGUGAAUAAAAGCAAUAUUUAUGUUAAUGUUUUCUUAUUAAAAAUGUACUUAAAUGUUAUAAGAUCCUAAUAGAUCUAUAUUUGUUGCCUAAAAUUAUGAUGAGACAAAUUGUCAUUGGGAGACUUCCAAUGCUGGUGUUUGCAUAUAUUUUCACUAGCAUGUAAUUUAAUAUACAUGCAACUCUCUACAGGGAGAAUGAAUUCAGAUAGAAAAUAAAUAAAACAUUCUUCUCUUUGUUAAAAUUGCCUUUCUUCCUAAUAUUUAAUUGAAAAUAAUUUAUUGGAAACAUAAAAAUUGGUUCCCCAAAAAUGACCAAAGCUGAAAGCAUAUAUAUGAUUGAAAGUAUCUGGAAUCUAAGUAAUUAAAAACUUUAUAAGAGUAUUUAAUUCAUUGCCUUUUAAAUCAUUCCCUUUCCUUGUCACUGAAGAAAAUUAGUUUAUCUAUUUACCACUGCCAAAGUUACUAUAAAAACAAAAAUUUACAUUUUUUUAAAGACAAAUCUUUGUUUUUGUUAACAUUUUUUUCUCUCUUUUGAUAUAAUCUUUUGAUUGUUAAUUUCAAUUAAGAAAUUUCUUUUUACUGUGUUUUUAAAAUCAUAGCAUAAUUUAUAUUCUUUCAUGAAAGAAUUUUUUUUAAUUCACAAGUGUUAUUGUUAUUAAUGUUCAUAAUUAUGAAUCUCUAAACUCUAAAAUUCAACAGUAACAUUUAAAAAUGUUUUUUAAUAUAUUUUCUUUUUUUGUUAUGCAAUAAAACUUGCACCUCAUCCCAGUUUUAACUGAGACAAAAAAUAGACUCUUUGUCUCUUUUAUGAAAUUAUAUUUUCUUUGUAGUUUAAGCAAUUAUCUCAAAUGAAUUCUUUUGAGCUAGAGAUUUCAAUGUUUAUAAUUAUCAAGCUGUGAAUUUUCAAAAUUAACUUAGAGAAAAAGAUCAUUAUAAUUACUUUUAUCCCUUAAAUUUCAGUUUCAAAUAAAUGAAUCCAAAGUUUAUAUUUUAUAUUAAGAAACAAAUUCACAGAAAAGGUCAUGAGAAAUAAAUCUAAAUAGCUCCUUAAAUUUUUUCCUUUUUUUAUCUCUUUUUCCCUUAAUCUCAGCUAAAGCAGACAAACAUUACUGCUCAUAUGAAACAUAUAUCUAUUAAAUAUCUAGAAGUAUCUAAGACACAUAACAUUGUGUCUGGAAACGUCUCUAUUUGAGGUAAUUUGUCAUAUUAAUAAAGAGAUGAAAAAAA